AACAGGCGACGGAGUUUGAUCGAUAAAAAGUCAAACGACUGUGCUGGGAGCGCCCAACUCGGGGCUAAUCAGAAUCAGAACGGUGUAAACAGUAAGUUGUUGGUUGGUUAGCAGUGCAGAGCUACGCAGGACGGUCGCAGGAGGAUCGCCAUGGAGGAGCUGCAGGACGCCAGCAUCCACCACAUGACCGCCAAGGUCAUCGCGGCCAUCAAGAACACCAAGAGCUACGAGCCCAUCUACAAGGAGCUGCAGAAGCUGGUCUGCAACCCCAGCGUGGACACCCACGACAUGCGCAACACCCUGGAGGACGCCAUCAAGAGCGCCGGCCUGGAGACGGAGAUCCGGAACAUUGUCUACAACUUGGUCAGGAGUCGGUUGGCCAGGCCCGACGACAAGUCCCUCGCCAACAAACAGGCGAAACCCACCGUUAGUGAUCCCCUGGGCUAUUUGAAGAGGGCCGGAGUUCUUUGGGAUCGAAGGGUUAGAAAGAGUUUGAAUGCCAUGUGCACAGAGCUGAAGGUUCCACUGCAUGGGCAGCCCAGGAUCAGUGCCGAUCGGGAGGACUUCAUGGCCAAGUGGAAUGAACUGAGCAACUACAAUAUGGAUCUGGCCAAUUAUAGACCAGUUUAUGCACCAAAGGAUCUUCUAGAGGUGCUUCUUUCGCUAAAAGGACCCGCCAAAACCACCGAAAAUACAGACCAAAUCCCCCAGUGGGAGUUCUCUCAUAUAGCUUUGCCCGUGAAGAAUUUGUUUGAACUGCGAGCCCAUUAUGCGGAUCUCCUGCGAAGUGAUAGCUAUUUGGGAGUGCCCGAUCUCACGGUUCAGUGUCAGAGGAUUCUGGAGGGGAGGCACGCACCCAUGUGCCAGCAGUUCCUGAAGAAGGGCUGCACCCCGGCUCCCUAUAGAGGGGCUCUAUGGGCCUCCGUGCUGGACAGCAAGUUGCACGACUAUGACAUUGACUACUGGCAGAAGCUGCGCAACGCUGUCUGGACCACCGACCACAUCGUGGACAAGCUGGUCUUCAAGGACAUCCAGCUGACGGCCUCCAACGACGACCAGUACUUUGUGUUCGAGGACGUGCUCUACCAGGUGCUGCUUUGCUUCUCCAGGGACACGGACAUCGGCGGCUGCGUGGAGUACGAGGCGUUCCCGGUGAAGGGCAAGACGUACGAGGGCCCGCCCUCGGGCGUGGUGCCCUUCCACGGCAUCUGCAUGUUCGCCGCCCCCUUCUGCUACCUGUACGACUCGCCGGUGAACCUGUACUACACCUUUCGAGCCUUCUACAUCCGCUACUGCCAUCGCCUGACCACGAUCAAUACGCAUCCCCAGGGCAUUGUCAGUCUGUGCCUGCUGUUCGAGAAGCUGCUGCAGACCUACGAGCCGCAGUUGUGGUCUCAUUUCCGGGAGCUGCAGAUUCAGCCGCUAAGAGUCGUCUUCAAAUGGCUCAUGCGCGCCUUCUCUGGACACUUACCUCCCGACCAACUUUUGGUUCUCUGGGAUCUGAUUCUUGGCUUUGAUAGCUUGGAGAUUCUUCCCCUUUUCGCCAUCAUCAUCCUGAGUUUCAGAAAGGAGAGCAUCAUGCAGGUGGCCUCCUUGGACAGCAUCGAAGCCAUCCUGGCGGAUCUGUCCUCCAUCAAGGUGCUGCCCCUAGUCCAACUGGCCCUUAGUCGGGACUGAAAGUGUGGUCCUCACUCCUCAGCUAGUUACAAAAUUUAUGUAUUACAAGUGUUGAAAAAAUAAAGUUAUUGGAAUUGUAAAAUAAAUAUUUCAUAAAAAUGUU